CCUUGGUAAAUUAUUUCAGAAUGAAUCAGGAAGGCGGGCUCGCUUGUUGCGCCGUAUGCAAUCAAAAAACUCAAAGAAGAUGCGCAAGAUGCCUCAAUAUUUACUACUGUAAUACGGAACAUCAACGACAGGACUGGAAGAGACAUAAAAGUGAAUGUAUACCCAAAUUAACGAAGCAGCUUGCAAAAAGUGAUAAUUUUGGUGAAUGUUCAACUGUUACCAAAGAAGCUGCUAAGGAAAUUGGAAACAUUGCUCAAAAUUAUCAGCAUGAUGUUACGAAAGUAUGCAAUGAUGGUGAUGUAAGACAUUUAAAAAAGUCAAAGACUAAAAACGAAAAAAAAAGUGUUUCCGAGGGUAGUAGUGUUAGUAAACAAAAUAAAUUUGACUUCAAGAAAAACAUACAACAAACACAAAACAAUAAAACUACAUCGUCAGGACAAAGCGAUAGCUCUGUGAUUUCUAGUGUAGUGUUCACCAAGGAAGAUUUGAAUAGUGAAAGUGCCAUAACUUAUGAGGGUUCCUCAGAGAAGGAAAUAUUGAACGAGUCAGUACAGCAACUUAGUACGGUGGACUUCUCCACUGCGACUGGAUCUAAUGUGUUGAGAACCAUUAACAGUACAGAUACAAAUAUGCCCAUUCUUCCUGAACCGACAGCCCGGGUGAAGGAGUACCCUGAGGCGUCAUUGAAGGGAAGUGUGGCACCAUUUAAUCACAUGCUCAAUAGCUACUACAUGGAUCCAAGUGAUCCAUUCUAUGAAAUAUGCCAGAGAGUGAUCCGGGACAUGACUCAAUAUGGUGUUUGUGUUUUGAACAAUUUCCUGGGAAAAGACCAAGGACUAUUAGUAUUAAAUGAAGUGUUAAAAAUGUACAGAUCAGGAAUAUUCACAGCUGGACAACUGGUGUCUAGCCCUGGGAGUACAGAAGCGCAAACGAUUCGAAGCGAUCGCAUCACGUGGAUAGAUGGAAAAGAACCUCAAUGUUUCCAUAUCAGGCAACUAAUCAGCAAGGUUGACAAUAUAAUUCUGAGGGCGAACAAAAUGGCCAACAAUGGAAAAAUGGGCGACUUCGUCAUCAACGGCAGAACAAAAGCCAUGGUAGCGUGCUACCCAGGACUUGGCAGCCAUUACGUGAAGCACGUAGACAACCCCAACAAAGAUGGCAGGUGCAUCACCGCCAUAUAUUAUCUAAACCUGGACUGGGACGUGAAACGAUACGGUGGACUACUCAGGGUGUUCCCGGAAGGUACCAAUCAAGUGGCCGAUAUAGCACCGAUAUUCGACCGGAUGCUUUUCUUCUGGUCGGAUCGCCGAAACCCACACGAAGUCCAACCCGCCUACAGCACCAGAUACGCAAUAACACUGUGGUACUUCGAUGCUCACGAACGAGAGGAAGCCCUUAGGAAAUACAAAGAACGCGGCCAGCCGUCUUCAAGUAAGUGAUCGUUCUGAUUUAAGUGGCUCGUUCCGACUUUAGCCUCUUAUUGGAAUGUGUUUUAUGCAAGCGGAUUAAAUGAAAUGAAGUCAAUAUAAAAACGUUUCACCUUUAGUGUCUUAAAAUAGUAAUCUGACACGUUUUCGUUCUUUUUUUAUUUUACGUUCAGUCGCAACCACUAUUUUUCUUUAAUUGCCAAGCAAUGAACUAAUCCGAUUCUUGUCAUGCUAACCCACUCUGAAUACGUAGAAAACUUCAUUUCACACAUUAUCACAUAGUGAAAACUGUACUUGUGUCUUAUUUUUUUAAGUCUCUUAACUAAUAUUUCUCUUCUAAUCUACGAUAUUCUAUUUCAUUGAAGUCUAAGUGUGAUUUGUAAAAAAAAUAUUGACAUAAUCGGAUUUGUAAUAUUUAUUUGAGCUGGCAACAUUCAAUGUAUUGAUUGACAAGUCAAAUUUUAUUGAAGAGUAACUAUGUUUGGUACAUAGGUUAUGUUACUAUUUUUGUUAUUUUUAACUUAAAAUUGUGGUUUAAAAUACUAAUAUGUAUAAUAAGAUGUAAUGCAAUACUAUGUUAUACAGUAAUUGAAUCACUGGAAUGAUAUUAUAUGGGUAACACCAUAUUUAAAAAAUAUUUCGGAUCCUUAUUUGUUUUUAAGAAGAGCAUAUUAAGGUCUGACCUCACCUGCGAUUUGUCAAAACUAAUACGGUUUUUGUCUACAUUUUUGGAAUAUAUUUCCAAUAAUAACCAUUUUACUGAAACAUGAAUAAGAUGGGGGAUGAUUGUAAAAAUAAGCUUAGUCAAGUCCGCGAAAAAAAGUAUAUACCAUUAUUAAUAAGGAUUUAUCCGACAAUCAUUACGAUUUUGUUUAUCUAUGGACAUAGUGCUUAGAGUUUAGUGUAUCGAUUUAUGUUAGUCGAUUAUUUAGAUCAGAAAACGAAUAAAAACGACCCAAGACUGAAUUUAUUCGAAACAUGUUAACGAGAUUUUUUUUCAUUAUGUACAUUGUUUUUAUUGUACUAUUUAUUACUAUAAAUAUGAAAUGUAAAUAACGAAUAGAGACGAAUAACUUGAUCUUUAAUUGAAUUUAUAUCAAAGUUGUUUAAAAAAAACAUGUAUCGCGUAUAAAAGUAUUUCAGUAUGCAUUCUUUUUCUUUCCAACUAUAACUCCUUGGAUAGUGUUAUGUUUUUCCAUUAUUUCACAAGCGGUAUGUUGAAUA